GUCACUGACAUCACGCAAUGUCAGUGAACGUAUGUGACGCAGGGGGUCCAAACACGUUAGACGUGACCGGCUUUUUCUGAGCUUGAUCUUUAAUUUCACGCAGAGGAGCUGCCGUCCUGAAACAAAUACUGUGGUCUUCUGAGUUAUUGUACAAACCCCUGUCUUGAAUUGAUACGGGGUUCCACUCGCUUCAGGAACUGUCUGUAGCUGGUUAGGCUAGUUAGCGUCGCUAGCAUAACUGAUGAACUUUUACCAUCAUCUCUGCUUAGUGACUGAGGUUCAACUUUAACCAAUUCGAACGAGGCGCAUUAGCCGGAAAAACCAAUCAUACACACAGGCUCUGUUACUAGGGCCUUACUUUAAAAUAAAUAUACACCGGCCUUCUCAUAGCAGCGUGUUAGCCGCUAAAACCGCUCUGGUUGAGCAGCCAGACUGACUUCCCUGUGCCGUGUUCGAGGUCAUUCUGUGGGCCCGUCUAAAGCAGCUGUUCCCGGGAUACAAGCCAUGAAGAGCCUCCCAUAUUUCUGCCGAGGAGAGGUCGUUCGAGGAUUUGGAAGAGGAAGCAAAGAACUCGGAAUUCCCACAGCCAACUUCCCCGAUUCGGUGGUGGACAGUCUUCCAGCAGAUGUCACCACAGGAAUCUAUUAUGGCUGGGCUUGUGUCGGGAAUAGCGACAUCCACAAAAUGGUGACGAGCAUCGGCUGGAACCCUUACUACAAAAACACAAAGAAGUCUAUGGAGACGCACGUCAUUCACAAAUUCAAAGAAGACUUUUACGGAGAGAUUCUGAGUGUCGUUCUGGUGGGCUACAUCCGCUCGGAGAAGAGCUUUCCCUCACUCGAGGACCUCAUUGCGGCCAUCAACAGCGACAUUGAGGAGGCCAAGGUUAUGCUGGAGCUGCCAGAGCACAGCAAACUGAAAGAGGACAACUUCUUCACCAGCACGACCGACUCGUCUCCAGCCUCUCCAUCAUCUGCUGCGUCCACAUCUCAGAGCAUCAUCAACGGUCACUGACAGCUGGCAGAGGCAGCAGCGCUUUGCACUCUGAGCGGAGGAGCACACGUUUCUGGGCACACGCAGGAUGCACAUCCGUCUUAUAAAAUCUGUCAGCUGUCACAAAGACAGAAAACUUAUACCGUUGUUUUUAUUUGCAUGUGGUUCUGUGUGAAAGCGCUGUUUACUGACCUAUGUGGCCUAAUUGCACACAGCCUGUUAAACUGUAUAUAUUCAGAACAUAUUAUUUGGUUCUUCUGUAUAUUUUGAAUCUCAUAGAAGAGAGGAUUGAUAAAAAAUCACUGAUUUUGAUGAAGAUGGUGGGUUUUUAUUUUUAUUUUGUGUAAAUGAUGAUUUAAAUGAACUAUAAACUCAGCUCGGAAAAUUGAUGACUCAAGGUAACCUCAUUUACUGUGUCAACAUUGCAGCAUUAUUAUCCAUAAAAUGAGACCUCAUUAGAUAAUACUGUGGUACAUUAAUUAUCCAUCACUAUCAGAACUAGAAGUUGCAAACUUAAUUAUAGUUCCUGCCGUUUCCUCCUUUUAUCUUCAUCUGUAGCACAGUCUCUCAAGCUUAAAUAACUGCUACCUUGUCUGUCAGAAAUCCUACGUUUGAUCAGAUUUGUAGUUUUAAAAGCAGAAAACAAAUAUAUAUUAAUACUUACAGACAAGUACUUUAACAACUUGCUGCAUUACUUAGUUAUGAACUGAAAUGCAUUUUAUCAGUAAUGUUAUGGAGGUUUUAGCACAUUACCCUGCAGGAUUUGAAUGUCUUGACACUUGGUGUUAUCAGAAAAGCUGAUUAAGUUAAUGAGUAAAAAAUAACCACCAAGGUUGAAUGACCAAGCACUUAUUUUUCCUUUUAGUUGUAGUAAAACAUUAAUGAUUAGGAGAAAAUAAAUCUUGUGUUUCUGAUGUGUAAAUACAAUAAAAACCUUUUAAGUUUA